AUGAAACAAAUCGUGCCACCGAAAGGAAGGCUUCUUUUCACGAAUGUUUGCCGCUGUUAUAUUUUUAUCAACGAUCUCUCCUGUCUGAUUGCAGCUACCUGGUGCGUCUCCCGGAGCUAUUUCGUCCGUGGUCGCUCCCGUGCUAUUAAAGUAUCGGGUCUGCAGACCCAGGCUGUUGCUCGCUGGCUCUAGAGCCGAGAUCGAUCCUGCCGCCGACGUUGCUCUGCUGCACGGGGAAGUUUUGUUGAUCGAGGACUUUGCGAGACAGUACGAUCCGAUAGGAGAUACAGACAGGAGAUACAGAGCUACGGAGAAGCUUCUGCAUGCCGAGGAGGAAUAUCUCGAAGCUUUGUGCAGCGCUAAGGAGUUGUACGCACGGCCGCUGGCGCGAAACUACCCCGAAUUUCAUGAUGUUAUCUUCCAACCGCUCGCAGAUCUUUCGGUGGUCACUUCCGAACAUUGCCAAAGGGUGAGUUUCUUAGCCGAAGAUUUUUCUAAUUAUUAUAAUCAAUAAUUAGACUUAAUUUCCAUGUAUUUUUGGUAAAUUUACUGAUGCAAAAGUCCAUACAAACGCAAUAUGAAAAAAAUAUAUAAAAUAUGCAAAGCAAAGCGUUUAUUACAAUAUUUGAUAGAUGAAACAAACUUCUAUCUAGGUUCCGUUUCUUUAAUUAUGUUUAUGAAAAUCUGCGGUCUAUUAAUUUGUUACAAACAAAUUGACCAAGCUUAGUUUUGUAAAUUAUCAUUUUAAACACUAGAGUUACCAAAGGAUUUCAGAUUUUUGAAAUAAACCGGUAUUUUGUCAAAAUUAAUAUUCUAUUUAAACAGAGACAUGAUUGUAUAGAUCUAUUUAUUUGAAUUGCUCAUUUAAAUUAUAUAUUAAUAAUUACUAUUAUAUUAAUAUUAAUUAUUUAUUUAAAUUACUGUCAUAUAAAUUAUAUAUAUAUAUAAGAUUAGAUUAUUUCUCAAAACGAUACGACACGAUAUAAAAAGAAACUACAUAAACUAUGAAAUAUUAAAUCUAUAAAUAAAGAAAUUAUUAUAUUCAGAAAAUUGAAUUCUCGGUGAAGAGUCAACUCUUGCUUCGAUAA